GAGCGCCGGGGCGGCGAGAAGAGCGCGGAGUAGACUGCGGGCGGGCGGGCUCCGCCAGACUCGGCCGGCGCUGGGUCCUGGGACCGCCGCUUGCAGCCAUGACCCGAGCAGCGCGUCCCUCGGCCCCGGCUCCGGACGUCUGAUAUCCGCACAGUCUCGGACAGCUGCUAGGGAGGCGGCCGCUGCCCCUGCGUCGCCCUGGGCGCCUUACCGCACUCCCUGUCCGGAGCUGGGACCAGCGCGGCCACCGGCGCCCCCCGUGCAAACUGGGGGUGUCUGCUGGAGCAGCCCCCGCCGCUGCUGCCCGCGGCUCUGGCCAUGGCCUGGCGGGGCACAGGGCCGAGCGUCCCGGGGGCGCCCGGAGGCGUCAGGCUCAGGCUUGGGCUUAUGCUGCAGUUGCUCCUGUUUCUGCGGCCGGCGCUGGGCUUUGGGGACGAGGAGGAGCGGCGCUGCGACCCCAUCCGCAUCGCCAUGUGCCAGAACCUCGGCUACAACGUGACCAAGAUGCCCAACCUGGUGGGACACGAACUGCAGACGGACGCCGAGCUGCAGCUGACAACUUUCACGCCGCUCAUCCAGUACGGCUGCUCCAGCCAGCUGCAGUUCUUCCUUUGUUCGGUUUAUGUGCCAAUGUGCACGGAGAAGAUCAACAUCCCCAUUGGCCCGUGCGGUGGCAUGUGUCUUUCAGUCAAGAGGCGAUGUGAACCAGUCCUGAAAGAAUUUGGGUUUGCCUGGCCAGACAGCCUGAACUGCAGCAAGUUCCCACCCCAGAAUGACCACAACCACAUGUGCAUGGAAGGACCAGGUGAUGAAGAGGUACCAUUGCCUCACAAGACCCCCGUCCAGCCUGGGGAAGAGUGCCAUUCAGUGGGAACCAAUUCUGAGCAGUACAUCUGGGUGAAGAGGAGCCUGAACUGUGUUCUGAAGUGCGGCUAUGAUGCCGGCCUGUACAGCCGCUCAGCUAAGGAGUUCACGGAUAUUUGGAUGACAGUGUGGGCCAGCCUUUGUUUCAUCUCCACCACCUUCACUGUGCUUACCUUCCUCAUCGAUUCAUCCAGGUUCUCUUACCCUGAGCGCCCCAUCAUAUUUCUCAGUAUGUGCUAUAAUAUUUAUAGCAUUGCUUAUAUUGUUCGGCUGACUGUAGGCCGGGAGAGGAUAUCCUGUGAUUUUGAAGAGGCGGCAGAACCCGUUCUCAUCCAAGAAGGACUUAAGAACACAGGAUGUGCAAUAAUUUUCUUGCUGAUGUACUUUUUUGGAAUGGCCAGCUCCAUUUGGUGGGUUAUUCUAACACUCACUUGGUUUUUGGCAGCAGGGCUCAAGUGGGGUCAUGAAGCCAUUGAAAUGCACAGUUCUUACUUCCACAUCGCAGCCUGGGCUAUUCCUGCAGUGAAAACCAUUGUCAUCUUGAUUAUGAGACUAGUGGAUGCCGAUGAACUGACUGGCCUGUGCUAUGUUGGGAACCAAAACCUAGAUGCCCUCACUGGCUUUGUGGUGGCCCCCCUCUUUACGUACUUGGUGAUUGGAACUCUCUUCAUUGCAGCAGGUUUGGUGGCCUUAUUCAAAAUUCGGUCAAAUCUUCAAAAGGAUGGGACAAAGACAGACAAGUUAGAAAGGCUAAUGGUCAAGAUCGGCGUCUUCUCAGUCCUGUACACAGUUCCGGCAACCUGUGUGAUUGCCUGCUACUUCUAUGAGAUCUCAAACUGGGCACUUUUUCGGUAUUCGGCAGAUGACUCUAAUAUGGCCGUUGAAAUGUUGAAAAUUUUUAUGUCUUUGCUUGUGGGCAUCACUUCAGGCAUGUGGAUUUGGUCUGCCAAGACUCUUCACACGUGGCAGAAAUGUUCUAACCGACUGGUGAAUUCUGGGAAGGUAAAGCGAGAGCAGAGGGGGAAUGGUUGGGUGAAGCCAGGGAAAGGCAAUGAAACUGUGGUAUGAGGCAGCUUUUACACUUUCCUUGUUUUGAAGGAAACAAUGCAGUGAAUCUCAGUUUGAGCAGACUAGAAAACGCUUCAGCACCCCCCACCGUCAGCCCACUACCCCUCACGCCACUCAGCCUCAUAAAAACCAAUGAUUUUGCUGCAGACUUUGGAACGAUCCAAAAUUGAAAAGCCAGUUAGGGGCUUUCAAAGCUGUGAGAAAUCAAAAGGCUGAUCACUUUAGCAGGUCACAGCUUGGAGUGUGGAGGUCCUGCUUAGAUUCCCGACAUCCAGGGUGAUGCUGUUUGUCCCCACUGGGUGGGAUGUCAGCUGUGAGUUGAUAACUUGCAGGGAAAAAGAUUAAUUUUUAAAACUCUUUUAAAUUUUAAAUAGUAACUAGGUCUUUCAGAUAGCAAAGUGAUCUAUAAACACUGGAAAUGCUGGGCUGGGAGACGUGUUGCAGAGUUUUAUAGUUUGGCUGGUCUAACAUAAACAUCUUCUGGCCUGCACUGUCUGCUGUUUAGAACUCUGGAGCACACUCCCAAGAGGUGGUGUCAAAAUCCUUCAGUGCCUUUGUUGUAAAACAGAAUUGUUUGAACAAACAAAAGUACUGUACUAACACACGUAAGGUAUCUAAAUAGAUUUCUCUUUCUCCUUAAAUUUCAGCAUCCUUGUUCUAGGUGCCCCUGUUUUCUUCACUUUAUACUAAUGACUCAAAAAAAAAAAGAAUUAUUUUUAUAGGUUUUUUUUUUUUUUUUUUUUUUUUUUUUUUUGCACUGCAGCAUGCCUAAUGAGGGGAAAGGGAAAGGUAAUUCAGUUUCUGACAAUCACUUAAUUCAGAAGAAAAUGAGAUUUACUAAGUUGACUUACCUUACCGACCCCAGAGACCUGUUGCAUUAAGCAACGUUAAGCAAUUGGGACUUAAAAUAUUUUAGUUUGUGUGAUUGCAUCUAGGCAGACGCCAGUCUGGACGAACUGAAAUGUUAAAUUUCUUGGCAACUUUGCAUUCACACAGAUUAACUGUGUAAUUUGUGUGUGUCAAUUACAAUUAAAAGCACAUUCUUGGACCAUGACAUAGUAUACUCAAUUGACUUUAAAACUGUGGUCAACUUGCAUUCUUAGUGUGAUAGUGCCUUUCCCCCUGUAGCAUAAGAAUGUUAUCAGAGUUUGGUCUACUUACCACAAUGGGGACUUAUUCAACUUUGCAAAGGCAACUAAGGACAGCAGAUCCAAAUACUUGGUACAUAAUUGUUCCUUAGUAAUUGGCAAAGGCUCCUUAUAAGAUUUCAUUGGAGGCAGUGUGGCCUGGAGUAUUUAUGUGGUGACUAAUGAAUCUCCAGAAUCCCAGCCAGAAGCUAGGUUGGUUAGCAGGGGCUACGGUGUAGACUGAAUGAAAUGAGCUGCAAAGUCUAACAGCACAAAGUCUUAAUUGCCUUUGCCGGGGUAUCCAAGGCCUUUAAAAUUUAUGCUUUAAGUCCCUCACAAGGGGGUACCCGCUAGCAACCUAUCAAAAAGCUGAAGUUCUUUUAAAACUGUGACUGGCCUUCUCUGUAACCUGCCUUAGGCCUUUUAAUCGCCAGAUCUCUGGGACAAACUGUUGUACACGUCCCCGGUUGGUCUCCUCGUGUUUCAUACCUGUCUGCCUCAGCAACUGCGGUUAUUUAUUGAUUCAUGCUUUAUCCCUUUAGUGGAAAAAAAAAGCUCUUCAUGUUUUGCCCAAUCAUACUUUGUGGAGAAACAUUUCAUGGACUCCAAAGGUGAUCAAAUUCUGGGAAUACAAAUUUUUAAUUUUUUUUUUUGUUGUUUUGUUUUGGUUUUUGGUUUUGAGGUUGUUUUUUUUUUUUUUUUUUGUAUGUUUGGUUGGUUGUUUGUUUUGAUUUUGGUUUGAGCUUUAUGUCUCUCACUUUACAUUUUCUCUCUGCGCCCUUUGUUUUCUCAAGUUCUGUAGCUGUCUGAGAUCAAGAUACAAGAUGCAUAUGAGGCCCAAUGUAUGCUUAGAAAGGAGAAUCUUUCGGCUUAUGAGAUAGAGACCUUUGUGAACUUGCUUGGCCCCUGGUGAUUUACACAGCCUGAGUACCUAGACUGGACUAGGGCGUAAGGCUCCAGGAGCAUGAGAACUGAUCCCUGGAAGGGCCAGAUUAACUCCUGAAUGAGCUGCCUAUGAAAUGUGAAAAAGACCCGCCCUGUGCUACUUGCAGACAGUUCCCAUAGCUGUCCAGGGCCCUGGAGUAUGCACCCAAGGGCAGAUUCUGCCCUUACUCACGCUCUGCUCUGGUGUCUUGGGAGUUGUGCAGUGAUUCUGGCCCAGGAAAGGGAUGAAGGACCAGGCAGUAACUGACUGGCUUUGCUGUGCUGGCUUUGUAAUGCAAUUUUCUUUGCAAUGCUGCAGUGAUUAUAGGACCAAGAUAGCACCCUCCAAAGGGCUGGGCAAGAAGUAGGUGCUGAGCAUGUGUCAACAAUAACCAUAGCAACAGCAAGCCCUUGGGUGAACCUGGUCACCUGCCUUCUGAAUUCUAGAGCUAGCAGACUGACAAUUUCUCUGUCCCAUCUUUCAGGAGAAGUUUUGUUUGAGCAAAGGGGGCUGGCAGCUCAGACCGGUUUAAUAAUCUUAGCAACACUGUGAGGUUGUAAGGCCUUCCCUUUCAAAUUCCAGGUGAUGGAGAAUGAUCCCAGUCUCCAGGAAGAUAAUUCAGUAGCUCAGAAGUCCUUUACCAAUGCCCUUCAAGUGACUGCAUCAUUUCUUCACACCAUUCCCACAAGUUUCUUUCUAGGUCUCUCUACCUUUCCCAGAAUUUCUUCUAAAUUAAUGACAAAAUGCAUCAGCUUUGCUUCAUGACCAUAUCUUCAUUAAAACUCCCUAGGAAAACAGAGUAGGACCCAAGGACUAGGCUCUAGCAUCUACUGUGGCUUUGGACACAGAGGGUCAAGGCUUGGAGUAUAUACCAUGGGACUUAUGCAGGCAUAUUUGAGGACAGCUGCACACUGAGGAGAAAGUCAGACUUGUUUUCUUUUCUCUGAGAUCCGGAAUAAGUACGUGAGGUUGUGAUUUUUUUAAGAAAAGUCCUCAAGCUUCCAGAUAUUCCAUUAAGCACGAUGAAGGGCACCUCUGUCCAUCCUCUUCUUUGAUAAACUCCUCUGUCCUGCCUCAUAAAAGCCAAAACAUGGAGUAGAAGAACACUGUGUAGGGUAGACGUAGCCAGAACCACCCAGCUGAGCUACUCGGCUGAUUAUAUCUUUCUUCCUUUAUGGUGACCCAUUUCCUGGUUGCUGAGAUGGCUUCUGAGCUGGCGCAGUGCCCAGAGGCCUGAAACAAGGGAAAGGUGACACUAUUUCCUGAGAUGUUCCCUUUCUUCUUUCAGUCAUGCCCUCACCAGUACUCCCUCACCAGAACCAGAGCUAUCUCCUGAUCAGGUUCUGAGCUGUAGUUCUGUCUAACACUUCCAGCUGUAACUCAGUCCUUUGCUCAAACAAUUCAGUGUCUUUGGUAUUGAGUGUAAAUUUGGAUCAUGGGACACCAAGAUGAAGCUGACAUCCUCAGUCCUCAAAGAGCAGACACAAUUGAUAGAGGUUUCACCAGUGUGACAUGUCUGCUAAGGAGCUCAUAGUGGCAGUCAGGAAAGGAAACCAUGAGGACACAGACUUUGGCAGGAACUACUUAAUGUGUAAAUUCCAUCCUGUGACAGAGGGCAUUGGAGAGAGUUGCUAUUCCUGUCAGUCAUGAUGAACCCCGGACUUGGACAGUGCUCUUUGUUCUUUUAUUGUAUUUGACUUCAGAGUCCCUGUCUGAGUUUGCAGUAUGCCUGGCAAAGGACCCAGGUUAUCAUUUUCCCUUCAUGCCUAGUCUUGGAACUCCUGAGAGAGCAUUUUGCUCCCACAGAGGAUCAGAUACUGAAGCCUAAGUAAUAGAUUUUGUUCCACUGGCGCCCAGAUGGAGCUCUCUGUUGCUGCCUUUUGCCAUGCAAUACAUGCAGUAAUGGCACACUUGACAUACCCAGCAUGCAUCUUCCUCUAACAAGCACAUUUGCCCUGGCCGUGACUUGAUUUUUUCCUCAUUUGUCUUAUUUUCUGUCUUUGCAGCAGUCACUUCCUAGUAUUCACCCAGGUAGUCGGUAGAGAGUCUGUUUGGAAUCUAAUAUGAGCUACAUCUUCAGAGCAUUUCAUUUGUGUCUUCCUGAUCUCCCAGAACGUUCAGCUAAUGACCAGUAUCAUCCCAGAAAGCUUCCGAAAGGGGGUGAAGGCAGCUCUGUCCUACAAAGGCUGUGUCUGUCUUUUCUCCCAGGUUAUGCACAUUUCAAAAUCCUGGAAGUUUAACAGGCUGAGGCCCUGACUUGACGGCGGCCAGGGGAAGGGGUUAAGUUGCUUUCUAGAGCUUUCAUGGUGGACUUCCAGGUGGUUCUGAGUUUCUCUGCCUCACAGAGAUGAUGUGAGGCUUUAGAAGGCCUAAGAAUGAAGGCCCCUUGAGCUUCUCAUAUGAAGGAUGAACUAAGUCACAACCCCAGUCUGCAGAAAGAUAAAAUACAGUUAGGGUUAUUCUGUACAGCAGUUCAGGUAAUUGUUUCCUACCUUUUUCUUGGAUCCUCAUGCCUCUUCACAGCUCUAGGAACCUGGAGCAACUGGGGCCCAUUCAGAUGCUUGAUAUAGAGGUACCAGGCAAACUCUUGCUAUACAAGCCCUGAAUAAAUUACUGAAUUUCAAAGGAAAUAGACCCCCUUUUUAAGGAUGUACAAAAGUGUGUCUGCAUUGAUGUCUGUACUGUAAAUUUCUAAUUUAUCACUGUAUUAAAAAAACUUGCUAUUUAAUUUUUGUAUUAAAGGAAAAUAAAGUUUUGUUUAUUAA